GCAGUCUCUUCGAUCACCCAAGUUCACUUCGAUCUGUCAACAUCGUCUUCAUUUUGACGAUGUUUUUUGUCUAACUUAUGGCAUCAUCUUCUUCCGCAGACGAAAUUUCUUAUUCUAUCAGACAGGAAAUUAUACGAUUUGAAAGUGUUCACCCCAGCAUUUACGCGAUAUACGAUCUCAUCGAUUCGAUUGAUGACAAGGGUCUUUCAGAUUCUCUUAGACAAUUGGUUGUCUCUAUCGAAGAUGCAUUCGUCAAUAGCCAGGAAUGGACCUUAAGUCAUUGUGUCCCAGACAUCAAGCUGGGACUUCUUGGCUCCGUUCGUAGUGGAAAAUCUGCUCUGGUGCACAGGUACCUAACUGGAACAUAUCUUCACGAGGAGUCCCCAGAGGGUGGACGUUUCAAAAAGGAGAUAUCACUGGAAAAUCAAAGCCACCUUCUUUUAAUCAGAGAUGAGGGUGGACCCCCGGACCAACAAUUCAGCCACUGGAUCGAUGGUGUUAUUUUCGUAUUCAGUCUGGAGAAUUUUGAAAGCUACCAAAUUGUCUACGAUUAUUUCGCCAGACUGUCUACUUACAGGAACACUUCUAACCUCCCCGUUCUGUUGGUUGGAACUCAAGAUUCCGAUGGUGAACCUUACGUAAGGGUUAUAGACGAUGUCCGUGCCCGAAAGCUGGCAAAUGACCUUAAGCGUUGUGUCUAUUACGAAACUUGCGCUGCAUAUGGUUUGAAUGUUGAGCGAGUGUUUCAAGAUGCUUGUUUAAAAAUAUUACAGUCUCGCUCUGCGCCGUCACACCCACCACCUCAGAAUUCCGCCUCACUACAGCCAGCUCCUGCUACGGUACGUUCUAACACGCUCUCGUCAGUUUUGUCUACUCCAUCUGUUUCUGUUCACACUGGAGAACAUAGUAGUCGGUCUUUCUCUCAGCCUCUGCCACCCGCUUCCCUUGUCCGAUGCCCGGAUCUUCUCACCAAUCCAGGCUUCGAACCUGAUGGUCUUGAGGAAACGAAAGGUGAGACGAAUGAUUCCCUUACGCCAAGCAGUACUCCAACUCAUUCUCGUAAAAACCGAAGAAAAUCUAAUUUAUUCACUUUUGAAGGCCGCUACCGAUCUAUGAUCUACUUUUGGGGCGAAAUCGUGUCCGCUCAUUCCAACUCAUACGAAAUCGCGUGA